AGCCGAGUGCCCGAAGCAGGUUUUGGUUUCAUGUCAGCAGCCUUCAUCUGCCUUCCAAAAAUAAGCCCCUGCCGCCAUGCCGAGGGGAGAAAAACAAGAAGGGCGGUAUUUUUAGGGCCAUUAAUUCUGACCACGUGCCUGAGAGGCAAGGUGGAUGGCCCUGGGACAGAGGCUGCUCAUCACUAUGUCCCGGACAUCAGGCCAUCCCCAGCGCAUGCUGCAGGCUCUUGUCCUCCUUGCUGUCCUAGUGGGCAUGGUCGUGCCCCUGCCGGCGGGUACCCGUGCCAACAGCACACUGCUGCGCUCCAGGAGCUGGAGCAAACUGCUGUCCAGGUCUCGUGCAGGGCUGGCUGGAGAGAUCGCCGGAGUGAACUGGGAAAACGGCUAUUUAGUGGGGAUCAAGCGACAGCGGCGACUCUACUGCAACGUGGGCAUUGGCUUCCACCUCCAGGUGCCCCUCAACGGCCAGAUCAGUGGAGCCCACGAAGAGAACCCCUACAGCCUGCUGGAAAUUUCCACGGUGGAGCAAGGGGUGGUGAGUCUCUUUGGAAUGAGAAGCACCCUCUUUGUUGCUAUGAACAGGAAAGGAAGAUUGUACGCAACGCCCAGCUUCCAAGACGAAUGCAAGUUCAGAGAAAUCAUUCUGCCCAACAAUUACAAUGCCUAUGAAUCAGACGUGUACCGAGGGACCUACAUUGCACUGAGCAAAUAUGGACGGGUAAAGCGGGGCAAUAAAGUGUCCCCCAUGAUGACUGCCACCCACUUCCUUCCCAGGAUAUAAAGUCCCAUGAACAAAAGUCCACAGAUGGAAUCCCAUCUCCCACGACUUCUCAGUCAGACUUAUCUCCUGCCUCAAGAGACCCAAGCUGGUUUCCCUGGCUGCUGGACCUCAUGGUGUGGAACCCACUCCCAGGGCUGCAACACAUCGUAGAAUGGCAGUCAAUCCUGUGCUUGCACCUCAUCUGUGGUGAGAAGGUGCUUGUGACAUUUGCAGAAUGUGAAUGUGUGCACAGGACAGGGCCAGAGUGUGAGCACGUGUGUCAGUGUGAAUCUGUGCAUCUUCACAUAUAAUCUCAGAGCAGAGGCAUCUCAGAGCAUUAGGUUACUCUUGCUCAGCAUCAUCACUACAGGAAUUUGCCUAUAAGAAUGUCACCUGCCAAACCUGGAGGAUUGAUGUGUGCUGCCAUUCUGCCACUUUCCAAGCACUGAAUGCUCCAAAUGAGCAAUUUGGAGGCCACGGACUGCACUGGUGGCUGGGAGCAGCUGUUCUCCAAAUUUGGGGAGGGCAGAGUGGGAGGACAUAAGGGUUAACUGCAAGCCAGAAAAGGAGUA